CUUGUUAACCAUCUCCUCUACCUUUACAGCUCUACAUAUAUCCCAUUUUCUUUACAAUAAUAUCACCAUGCCUUUAAUCGACGUGGAGGCUCCUCCCACGAGCACCGACACUCACUAUGUCGUCUACUUUGCGUCACCGGAGAAUGGCCAGUCGUCAUGGUGCCCUGACUGUCGAAACGCUCUUCCGGCUCUCCAGAACGUCUUUGGUGCAGAAUCAGCGCCUUCGGCAUAUGUGGUCCAAGUUACCCGCGCGGAGUGGAAGGGCAACCCGAACCACAAGUGGCGCGUACAGCCAUUCAAUAUCAGCGGUGUCCCUACCAUCGUGAGAGUGGAAAACGGCAAGGAGGUUGCGCGUCUUGGAGACAUUGAGGGCCAGGAAGAGUCGGCUUUGAGAAAGCUGAUUGCAUAAGCGACUGAGCUUGUGAGAUAAGAUGGCGUUUUCCAGCCCUACUCCAUUACAGUUAAAUUCUUCAUGCAAUUGAAUCGGUCUCCCGUGAUCUCUGGUUCAAAUGUGAACCAGCGUACAACUUGACUGGGAGAACCCAAGAUAACCUGGUCUAAUAUGACUGGAAUGUUUCAGCAGCGCCGUUUGCAACAUGGUGAUGGAAGUCACUAUGACGCUUUAGUGAUUUCUCAUCUAUCCAGACGACUAUCCACGCGAUUUCUCUUGAAACUAAGCCUCUAAAGUUGACUGUCCUGUAAUUAUUACAGAGCACUUCAUCGUUCAUUGGGGAUGAUCCAUGUCUUUUUUCCAAGUCUGUCUUAUAGACCGGAAGAGCACGACCAACACCAGAGGUUUCACGAUGGAAUGCACCAGUACAACUGCGUCUGCCAUUUAGUAAAGGAAAUAAAUCGUGUAACAUAGAGUAGAAUAUGCAGAACCAGUAGUUUAUACGGUGCGCGAGAAUGUUUGCCAUGGCAAUGAGGCGCAGAAGUAGCGGUAGCAGCUUGAGAAGCAGAGCUUCUUAGUCUCGCUUCUUAAUUCGAGGAAAGCUUAGCCAGACUGCAGAUAUUACGGCAAUAAGCGCCAGAAUAAUAGGCUGCAAGACUGAAACGCUCCUGUGCGAUGCAAUAGCACCAAUGAUAAAAGGAAACACCGUUCCUCCUGUGCCACCCAUGGCCAUGGCGAACCCGAUGGCGCUGACAUGAAUGCGCUUCGGCAACAGCUUGGCUGUCACCAUGACGGCACCGGGGAACAUUGGCCCUAAGAAGAAGCCUAGAAAGGCAACAGCAACAGCAGAAACAACAAACUCUGGGACGAGCCAGAAUAGAAGCUGCAAACCGAGGCAGAUGCCAAGGUAUAUGGCCAAGCAGAGCCU